GGCGCGAUCCCCUAGGCUAUUUAUUACACGGAAUUUCACAUUUUGCAUAAUCUUUGCUAAUUGUUUGCAAGUUUGUCAUUAACCACGCGUUCGUAAUUACGCAACAUGUCGGAGAAAGAAGAAGAAUCGAUCGAAUAUCUGAUGGAGAAGGGCAUUUUUCCAAGGCUACUGGAAAUAUUAAGGCAAAUGGUGGAAAUAGAUCCCAUGCCAGCGGAUCCACUAAUGUAUAUUUUGCACUUACUGGGCUGUCCGCUGAUUCCACAGGCUCAAAUGAAGGCCUUGGAGCGAAAAGUGUCUCGUGCCCACGAUGAGUUGCGCCAUUUGCGACGUUUAAUCAUCGAUUUGGAUGGCGAAGAUCAGCUCUACGACAGCGAAAGCGAUGUGGAGGAAUAUGUGGGCGAUGUGGAGGACACCAGUUCGUCCACCCACGAAAUUUCCCUGGUGGAAAGCGUUGAAUUCCAACAAGAUGACUCCUCACAACUGGAAUUAUUAGUUCAGUCCUCCAUAUCAUCAUCUAAGGAUUCGGAUUUCUCCAAUCAAUAGAUCCUGCAAUAUUAUAUCACAUGUUUCACACCAGCCAUUGAGCCUCUUUUUAUGUUAUGCAAACUUAUGCUUGGCAUCUGCAUGUGAGUUUGGUUGUAUCACUAUUACAUUUUGUUUAUUCAUUGCAUUGUGACAUCAUUCAUCGAUUUUUAUCCAAUAAUAAUAUAACUUUGUAACUUGUAGGGGAACUACCUCUAUUAUAAAUCCAUUAAAAAAUAUAGUUGAAGUAUAAGAAGCGUA